AGAGGAAGAGGAGGGCAGGAGGGGGCCAGGUGCCGGGGUCCAUUUUCUUAGCGGACCCCCGCGUCGUGCCCAUGAACGGGUUGCCUGGGGGCCCUGCGCCCGCGCCCGCGCCCUUGGGCUGCCCUCUCGAGGGGCUCCCGCCGCUGCCCCGGGGGCUCAGCGGCCUCCUCAACUCGAGCGGGGGUUCGUGGAGGGACCUGGAGCGCGUCUACAGCCAGCGGAACCGCAUCCAGGACGAGCUGAGCCGGGCUGGCCGCGCCCCCGAGGGACCCUCGCAGCCCCCGCGCCGCCCCGCCAACCUGGACUCAGCCCUGGCGGUGUUGCGGAAGGAGAUGGUGGGCCUCCGCCAGCUGGACAUGUCUCUGCUGUGCCAGCUGUGCUCUCUGCACGAGUCCAUCCAAGACUACAAGCACCUGUGCCAGGACAUGAGCCUGUGCCAGGACAUGUCAUCGUCCCUGCACUCGGACAGCUCCUACCCCCCGGACACCGGCUUCUCUGACGAUGAGGACGAGCCGCCAGACUGCAGCCUGCCCCGGGACCCGCCCCCGCUCCGAGUCCCCCAGACUCACAAUUCCCGGGAUAAGUGGCUGCAGGACUCAUUCAGUCUCUGAGGACGGGUCCCUGGCCCUGAUGCCCUCUGGAGGCCCAUCGACGCUGGGCUCGAAGCUGCAGGCAGGGCCUAGCCCAUUCCACCUUCCCCCACAUAGUGCAGGCAGGUACACACACACGCACACACACACACACACACACUCCCACACUCAUUCAGUCACUCUCCCUGAACCCUCUGAUCUCUCACUGUGCUAGUUACCGGGAAUGGCUGGGGCCGGUAGGUGGGAGAAGCUGGUUUCCUUACCUUCUCUUUCAGUCACUUCUCUCAGAGGAGAGAUAUUGACCUGCUAGAGAUCCAGGCUCCACAUUAUCUCCCAUCCACUCCCAGGCCCAGCUGUCAGUGGAUUCACCCCAUUCACCCUGAUGCCCUCUUCUCCCCCGCUUCCGUUCAAGGGCUCCCAGGCAAGCUCAGCUCUCUUGAGGCCAAUCACUUGGGCAAGGGAAGGAGCAUCUGAAGCACCUUCACCCUUAGCACCUUGGCCAGACCGAUAGAGCCUCUCCUGCCACCAACAGUCAGUCUGGCUCCACAUCCAAAAAGGGAGCUAGCUGGCUCUGUUGUGGGGGCAAAUAGCAUGGCAAAGGAGAACAGCUCCAUCACUCAUUUCUUGCUGCCCCGGUAGGAGUAGCGUUCAGCAAGCGGGGCGGUCAUGUAUAAUGCUGGCUUGGCUAUUGGGUAAGGCCCAGCCCAAAGGUCGGCCUUGCUCCCCACUUGGCAAUGGGGAGGGCUGGGGCUCAGGUCUAUGCCCAAUAUUUAACGUACUGGGGUCUCGGCCUUGGGACCCCACAAAUAAAUAAAUGGCUCUCUCUGCGCA